AUGAAUUGCUUUCUCAGCCCUUGCAAGUCAGAACUCCGUCGCGUUCUACCCAAGGGACGAUCCCACUACCCCGGGGGAAACGAAUUGGUAACAUACGAAAAACUUGGCGUUGAAAAUCAUGUGCGCAAUAUCAUCUCAGAGCUAUGUAGUCGACCCGAGGCUCGGCAGCAUUUCAGACUUGGUAAGGGGGUCUCCUUUGAGAGUCAUACCAAUAGCUUUGAAGCUGGUCCUCGGGAUGAUCCAUCGCAGCGACCGAGGCCUGAUCGGUUUUGCAUCCACCACAAAUUAGAUGGUAGUAGUGACGUGCUUAUGACUGUCGAAUAUAAGCCACCUCACAAGCUCACCGUGGAGAACUCAGAGUGGGCUUGCGGCCAAUGA